AUAAUAAUAAUAUAUUGAUGGAUUCGAUUGCUCAAUUACCAUCAACAACAGAUGAUAUUUUACUUGAUGAAUUAUCAUCACGUUUCCGUGGUGUAUUACCAAUUCAGCCAAGUCCAUUACUAUUACCAUCUGAUCAUAUUUCAUCAUCACUUAAAAGUACUCGUUUAAAUGGUCAUCUAAUUUAUUGCUUUGUUAUUGGUGGUGAAUGCCGUUUAUGCUUCCCACAAAUAAUAAGCGUUGUAUUACGUGGUGUUGCAAUUAAUGAUAUCAAUGAAUUAUUUGUUGAUUUAAAUAUUCAUAUAUCGGUUGCAAGUCAACAACAAUUGGAUACAUUAAAAUUAGCUGGUGUUAUGCCAAUGACAGCUGAUAGUUGUGGUUUGGUAACAAAAAGUGAUGCAGAACGAUUGGUUGCUAAAUUAUUACCACAAUGUAAUGGUUAUCGUUUAACGACAGAUAUUAAUUCGUAUAGUAUUAUGGAUGCUGUACCAGUUAUGCAUGAUUGCUUUGAUGGUUGUACCGGUACAUUAAUACCAAUGUUAGAUACCGAUGAACAAAUUGAAUGUAGCCAAUGUAAAUUACUUUUUACUGGUGAAAAAUUUGUCUCACAUUCACAUUCCAUUCAACAAAUUCGUCGUAUAUGCCAUUGGGGUUUUGAUUCAUCCAAUUGGCGACAUUAUUUACAUUUACCAGAAUCAUACGAGGAUGAUUUGAAAGCGUUGCAAAAACUUGAAUUAUACAAAUAUCCACCAAUACGUCUUGGCAAACGUUCCGCUUCAUAUGCUUUUGCGGUAAUGUUUUAA